AUGGAAAGAAGAAGCUUGUUUCGUAUAUUAAAUAAUGAUGUGGAGGCAGUGGAAUUGGAUUGGAAAAGGAGGGUAACCAUUAUUAAAGGCAUAACACAUGCCUUGUGUUACAUACAUCAUGAUUGCUUUGUACCAAUUAUUCAUCAUGAUGUAAAUAGCAAGAACAUUCUAUUAAACCCAGCACUUGAACCUUUUGUUUCUGACUUUGGAACGGCCAGAUUUCUCCAUUCUGAUACCUCCAAUCAAACUAUACUUGCUGGUACUUAUGGUUAUAUUGCUCCUGGUUGGGAAAGGCCUCCAUUUGCAAGUACCCCAAAUUUGCAAGGACCUAGGCAAUUAUCUUCCUCUCUGUUGGGUUUAUAUUCGUUUAGCUUUAUUCUUCUUCCUAUUUCAUUGGAGACAAGGCUUUUCAUUGCAAAAGAUCGAAAGAGCUCGUCGGACACUUGCAUCACUCGGACAAAGAAACACGGUCAGUGA